CAGCAUGUUCGGGCGCCAUAUUGCCGAGCACUCCUCCCGCUCCCCUCCUCCCUCCAGCCCGGCCGGGUCCCAGCAACACAGAACCACAGCUGCGGUGCAGGAGGAGGCUACUCACAGACUGAACAAACGCCACUGUUGGGAAGGACCGGUGAUACAGCAAAACCAAGAGCCACAUCGUGGAAAUUCAAUGGGAUAGAUAAACCCUUUUUACGCCACCGUUUAGUGAUCGUGUUAGGACUUACGUCACUGUGCCACGGAUAAAAGGUCGCUUCAUUUGUAGUUUUCUUUGAAAGAAAAGAGGUAAAAGCGUCUCUGUGUAGCUUAUGUUUAGCUCAGCGGUGAUGGAUAGUUGAAGCUAGCUAGCCGACGUUACUUCUCUGUCAGGCGAGUAGCAGUAGCUAUCAAUUUAGUCGGCUGCUCGACUCUUACCAUUGUUUUAACACCCGUGCUCGUUAUAGUAUACAAUAUGAUAGAUCGUGAGUAACAAAAAACACAAACUGAAAACGCCGGUGAAUUACUACUGGCAUCAGCUGACGCUAGCUCGUUAGCUACACGUAAGGCGGCCACCAGCUUCGUGUGUCAUAAUAAUAUUUAAUCGUGAGAGAGUGGCCGUAGCUAAAAGUACAACUUUUUUCGAUAUUCAAGAAAGACUGAUUAUUACAUUUUUUCAUUUUUUGGGUCUUUUUGUCCGUUGAUCGUAGUUUAGUCAAAACGGCGGCGUUAACGUGCUUCAACUUUAUUACAUACUGUCAGAGACCAACUACCCCCCGGAUUUUCUUAAAAUGCAUCAUCCGGACCCCACUGGAGACUCUGGCAGUGUUAGAAAGAUGGCGCAGCCGGCUGUCUUUCACAGAAGGGGUAGCAACACAAGCAGCGGGAGCGGCUCCUCGCUGUCAACACCGGUGGUCACCAACAGUCACGGCUCGGUUGCUGAAGAAUAUCAGACCUCCCUGUUGAUUCAGUGCCAAACUCCUGCAGGCUCAUCCUCACCAGGUCCCCACCAUCCUCCUUCCCACGGCCUGAAUCUACACACCCAGGCCACUCAGUCUGCUGGGGCGCAGAUGAAAAAGAAAAGCGGUUUCCAGAUCACAAGCGUCACUCCUGCUCAGAUCUCUGUGAGCACCAACAACAGUAUUGCAGAGGACACAGAGAGUUACGAUGACCUGGAUGAGUCCCACACAGAGGACCUAUCAUCCUCAGAAAUCAUGGAUGUGUCUCUCUCACGAGCUAAUGAUGUCGUUGGAGCGGAACGGAGCUCCUCUGAGGAGACCCUGAAUAAUUUUCAUGAGGCUGAAACUCCAGGGCUGCUGUCACCAAACCAGCCUUCACACCCCCAUUCAUUGACUCAAGCUCCGCAGCAUGGUGGGGGUAUGGUGAAUGGGACUGUGCAUGGUCAUCCUCACCAUCAGAACCAUGCCCAGGGCUACCCCCUGUCUUCUGGUGCUGCAAACGCCUCAUCUACCCUUGCCUCCGUCAUUCAGAAAAUGCCUUCUCAUGUUGGGGUGUCACAAGAGGUUGCCCCUGCAAACAUUGUUUCUCAGUCUGUGGGGAUGGUGGGCCUGGGAGCUGCUGCUGGAAUGCAGAGCCCUGCUACAGGCACUGCAGUUAGUGUUGUUAAUCCCCAGACCAGCAGUGUUGGUAAUGUGAAUAAGUUGAGCUCUGCCAAUGUGCCUGCGAGGGGGGGGAUAAGCACGAGUGCGAGCAACAGCUCCGGAGGCUUUCCCCUCAAUGCGAAAAGCAGUGCUGCGUGUGGUGGAGGUGGUUCCGUGGCAUCUGGGGGCAACCUCAUGACUAACACCAUGAUUCAGCAACAACAAACUGUCAACUCUAACAUCUCCUUGACUACGACAACUUCAGUUAGUGUCGCCAGUGCCUCCGGAGGGCCGUGUGUCUUGAGCGGAAUCCAGGGACGGCACGGUCCUGCUGCGCUGCAGUCCGUGAGUGCCCCCGUUACAGUCUCACCGGCGGUCGCUCCCACCAGUUCUCGCUUCAGGGUGGUCAAGUUGGACUCAAGUUCUGAGACCUUCAAGAAGGGUAGAUGGACAUGCACUGAAUUUUACGACAAGGACACCCCAAAUUCCGCCUCCUCCUCAUCUACAUCCGAUGCUGGCAGCACACGACAGUAUGUCUCUGAGAACUUUGCCGGGUGCUCAGAGAGGGAAAGCACAAGUGGUAGCUCUGUUAGUAGCACUAUGAGCACAGUGAGCCAUUAUAUGGAAAGUGGUGAUACUGGGGGACCCCCAGUUUCCCAACAUGGCCAGGAUUACGCCUCCCCUCCUCAGGGUUUACAAGCAGUCCUCCCCAGUGGCUUAACAGGUAUGGGCGUGUCUCAAUCACAGCCUUUGAUAAACCUCCAAGACAUCACCCAUACAAAUAUCAAAACUAACAUGGCUGCCUCGACCUCCUCAAACAUGAAUCCACCUGUACCUGUGCAAAGCCAACAGAUCACCAGUGGAAUGCCUAUUUCUGCCGUACCCCAGCAGCAGCUCACCUAUGCCCAGGCAGUUGCCAAUCAAACCCCAGGCUCCACACCAGGCUUUGUGGGUGUUCAGCAGCACCAGCUUGGCUAUGCGCCUCUCCCUCAGCAUCCAUCUGCUACACCUAUGCAGUUGAGACCCCCUGAGUACGGCCAGGCUCAUCAAGGUAUUCCUCAAGCCCCCGCUUCUCCACAUCUGUUGAACCAAGCUGGACUAAGUUCUUCAGGGCAAUCUAAUGGAUCAGGUCAGAUGAUUGGGGGCCUCCAGCAGUCACAGGUAAUCCUCCAAAGUCAACCCCAGCAGCCCCCAACCUCCAAUACAGCCUUUCAUGUUGGAGUCACAGGUCAACAGCCUCCAAGUCACACUACCCACCUUGAUUGCCAGCAACAGAAACCGCAGUCUCUCCCAACACAAAUCCAAAACUCCGGUUUGUGCACCAAGUUGCCCACGACGAUUCAGAACCAAGUGUCUGCACCUAGCAUGCCUCCAUCUAAUCGUGACCCCCACCACCACCCGCAAGUUCUCAAUGUCGGUAACAAUAAAAUGCUGGCACAAGGUGUUGUUCCCCAGAGUUUGUCCCAGGACCUCAGCAGUGCCCAGGCCAUGGCGCACGCGGCUCAGGCUAGUGCACUCUAUGCCAGCUUGCCCACCUUCACUACUACUCAGCUGCAGGAUGCCCAGCGCCUUCUGCUUCAGCAUCAAUCGGCUCUACUGGGAUUCCCGAAGCUUUCCGGAGGGGACGCGGGCUCCGGUUCUAAUGCUGGUCAGGGUCAAGAAGCCGAAGGCAACGCUGCCAUCGCCAGUGCCUUAACUGCAUCAGCGGGUCUCAAGACUCUGGAUGGAGAGGAAGAUGGCUCGUCGGGAGCCAGUGUUGUGGCUAUCGACAACAAGAUUGAACAGGCAAUGGACCUGGUGAAGAGUCACCUAAUGUACGCCGUGCGCGAAGAGGUGGAAGUCCUGAAGGAGCAGAUCAAAGAGCUGAUCGACCGCAACUCCCAGCUGGAGCAGGAGAACACACUUCUGAAGACACUGGCCAGCCCGGAACAGAUGGCUCAGUUCCAGGCGCAGGUCCAGACCACCUCUCCGCCCGCCGCCUCCUCAACGGCCGCCGUCUCGGGUCCCACGUGCGCCCUCGCUCAAGCCGCCUCGCACACCUCCGGCCCCUCAGCGUAAGUCCGACACGCGCAGAUGGACGGACUCGACGACGGGCUCGACACUACUUCUGCUUACGCAAGCGAGCUUACGACAAAGGGUCGAUGCCGUUGAUCCAAGAAUUUGCACAUAUUUAUCCCGAAAAAGGAUGCAUCCAAUGGGACAAGUGCUGCACAAGGCGACAAUCGUGCGACUCAUUGAAACAAUUGCCAAAAAAAUAAGUAAAAUGGACAUGUCGGCUAGAAUGUCUUUUCAACAAUGAGCAGAUCCACAUACUUCAACACAGAUGCUGAAAAGAUCACUGUGCCUGUGUGUGGAUUUUAGGCGAUGUCAAUUUUACUAUGUUACAUGUGAAAGAAUGGCAGAAGGUUUUUUUUUUUUUUUUUGGUCACGUGUUGUAAAUAUGUCUCUCAUACCUGUAAGCUGAUGUUACGUUGAAAGAAAAGGCCUUUCAAGAAUGACAACGAAUGUUAGCAAAUAUGACCAAGUCCCCAUCUGGAAUGGGGGGUAGGGGUGUUUGGAGCUCAUAAAUAAACAGCGGCAUGGAUUGUGUUACUUGGUUUUGAUAGAACAAACUAGAUUUGUUUUCUUAUAUUUUCAGUAUUUGUUUUUCACAUUGCUUAGCUCUGCAGUGGCAUAGAAUUGAAACAUUGUUUGGCAGGCAGAGAACAUGUAUAUUUCUGUACAGUGUAAGUAAACAUGUAAAAUAGUGAGAGGAAGAGAAACAACAGGCAUUAUCUUGGUCACUAAGCGUAAGCGACGACAUGCUUGCCCAAACUGUUGUCUAUUUUUAAAAGCUUGUAUUUUCAGGUUCUAAAGGAGUUUGGUUAUUUAAGCUGAAGAGGUGCAGCCAACAAUGUUGUCGAAAACUGCCACUGCGACUUUCACUCUUACUGUAAAACCAUUUUUUUUCUCUUCUGAUGUAUUGCACUUUUUAUGAUUUAGGUUUUUUUUUUUUUGGGGACUGAGAUACUUCUGGAUGAACAGUAUGAAUACCAACAUUACAAGACACCAAUUGCAGCUUCUGGACAUGUUGUUUUCCAUGAAAUUCUUUGUAUCGGUUGUAUGCUCAUGUUUUCUGCAUGUUUCUGCAAGACUGGAUGAGAAGUUGUAACAUAACUUACCGCAAUUGCACUUGAAAGCUGCACUUCACAACUUUCAUUAAAAUGCUAACUCGGCA